UAGCCACUUGGGUUUUUGGAUCGGUGGUCUGUGGCCAACCUGUCUGCCUUCGAUCAGAGACCUCGUUCAGAUAGCUCGCCGAUCGCCUAACCCGUCAAAACCCUCGACCAGCGAAGGGGAUAGCGAGGUAGACGCGAUUCAUCUCUUCGAGUCCCUGUCGUUCUCUCGUUGUCCCUGCCGCUCCCAUCGCCACCGAGAAUGGGGUGAAAAGGCUUCCGCAUCGGAGAGCGCGGAUGGAGUGGGAUGGCGAACUGGAGGCCCCGAGUAGCGGGAAGGAGGAGGAAGGCUUCUUGCUGAGCGAUGGCGGCGGCGGGGUGUUCUCAUUCGCUGUGGAGGGAAUGCUUAGGUCGGCGGCCUCAUGCGGUCUGGUGAUCACCGAUGCGCUCGAGCUCGAUCAACCCAUCAUCUUUGUCAAUCGCGGGUUCGAGGAGUUCACGGGGUAUCGCGCGGAGGAGGUUCUUGGAAGGAACUGGUAAUCGCCCCGUGUUGUUAUUUUUAGUAUUAGAGUCUGUAGACCACUAUUAUUUUAGAUCGAUGGAUUUGUGAGGUUUUUCUCUGGUUAUUAGUUUUAAUUUGGACUUGUAUUGUGACAAUUGAUGCGAGUGUAUGCAAUUCCGGUGAUUUUUAAAAUUUCUGAACGUUGAAUUUUUUUGUUAC